AUGGAUCUUGAUAUUUUCAUGAAUCGUGAGAAAACUGACAAUGAUGAUAUUCCUUCGGCCUAUGUUGGCCUCAGAAUUCUCUUGAUUGAUCAUGAUACAACUUCUUUAUCAAACAUAGCAAUAAUUCUUGAAGAACAUUCUUAUAAAGUAACUGCAAUCGCACAAGCAAUAUUAGCUCUGUCCAUUCUCAUUGAACAUAUCGACGAAUUCGACUUGAUCAUGGUGGAUUUCAACAUACCACAAAUGGACUGCCUUGACUUCAUCAAGUCCAUUCAACUCAUCGAAGACAAACCUAUCAUUUUGAUGUCUCCAGAAGUGACAAAUGAAAUGGUUGAUGUAGCACGGGCAGAAGGGGCAUGCUUCGUUUUUAAAAAGUCGGCCAUUUCAUCAAUGAAACUCAAGAAUGUAUGGCAGCAUGUGUAUUUGCACAAUAAGAACUCAAAUAGAAAAUCACAACUCAACUGGGCUAAUCAAGUUGAUGUAAUGGACAAUACAUCUCGUGCUAAGAAAUCGCAAGACAAAGGAAAAGGCAUAGCAAUUUGCUCUGAGACUUAUCAAGAUCAAGCAGUAGGUUCUUUGAUAGAAACAAAUGAGGUAGAAAAGUCUAAGAGAAUGAGGAGUACUAAUGAGGAGACACAAAUUAAUAGUGGCAGUUCAGAAAAACAGGAUGAUUAUUCUUUGCUUUCGAAAACAAGAACAGAAAGGCCACAAAAGAAAAGACAACGAAUGCAAUGGACGCCGGAUCUUGAUAAGAAAUUAGAUGAGGUUGUUCGCGAGUUAGGAGAAAAAGCCCCUCCUAGACAUAUUCUGGAGAAGAUGUGUGUGCCGGAUUUGACUAAGGAACAGCUCACCUACCGUCUAAAGAAAUACCGCUCCCAAAAACAACAAGCUCCUAAUGUUCAAGCUCCAAAUGUUCAACCAACUACUUCAAUGAACUUCAACGAGGAACGUCAUUCCAAUGUAUUGGCUCCAAAUGAUAUCUCUACGAAUUUCAACGAACUAUUUCAAGGAGCAUGCAUACCUCAACCAUCUGAAGUUCCUUUACCGAGUUCAAAUGAUUAUUCCUUGAAUGGGUGGAAUGACUUGGAUGAAUUGCUAGAACUUGACAAUUUCAACGCUGAAAUAAUGCAAGAAAAUCAGAGUGACAGAUCUUACAACUGGAUAGAUCAUGUUCUUGUUUGUGGAAACUCAACUCAAGAUAAUGUCUCCACAAGUAAAAUCCAGAAUCCUUGA